AUGAUCUAUAUUUCAAGAGUUCUCAACGGGCUAUAUGUAAUAUCCACAGCGAUAGUACUCCUCUUUAUCUUCGGAUCUUUUCUUUUCAAUUAUGGCCAAAAAUCACCUCAGAGAUCACUAGCAUUGGGCAAAACGGCCGUCCGGUUUGCUGCGCGAGCUCUUAUCGCUACAUCUUACGUUGCGGAGAUAGUGCUCGUUUUUCUCUACCGCGAUCAGACCAGUGCAGACCGACUAGUUUCGGCGGCAUUCUUCGCCUUUGCUUGGAUUGCGGCCCUGCGAAAGACUUUUCUCAUUGCUGAAACCCUCGGUCUUACCUUAAUCACCGUCGGGUUUGCCAUUCCCCUCCUGGUCCUGAAUGUGGUUUAUCACGAUGCGGCCGUCGGGCACACCGUGCUAUUAGCUAUCGCCUCGAUUCGAGUGCUCAUCGCUGCGAGUCUCUUCGUGGACUGUAUUGCUAGCCACAAGAGGAAUUUUGACCAAGGGGAGGACACCGCGCCCCUACUCAACCACGCGACGGGCCACCCUGCGUUAGGUCAAUCUUCCUACGGCGCCGAAUCAGUAUCCUCUCAAUCUACGAGCGGGGCAGAUUCUUUUCUCAACGAAGACGACGACCGUUGGAAUUCAGAUGAAGACUAUGGCGAUGAAGAGCGUGGCCGCAAGGACUCGUGGGCCAGCCAGCUCCGCAAGAGAGGGAACUGGAUAACCUAUCUCAACAACUUUAAAGUGUUUCUGCCAUGCCUGGUGCCCAAGAAGGACAUUAAAAUCCAGGGAUGCCUUCUUAUCUGCGUGUUGUGUCUGAUCGCCAGCCGUUUCCUGAACAUACUCGUUCCCCGCCAGCUGGGAAUCGUUACUGACAAACUUUUCGAACGGGAGUUGCCGUACGCUGAUCUAGCAGUCUAUCUGAUGUUGAGCCUGUUGCAUGGCGACUCUGGGGUGGGCCUUAUUGAAUCGCUCGCAAAAAUCCCAAUCGAUCAAUUUUCAUACCGACAGCUCACGAACUCUGCCUUCAACCACGUCAUGAGUUUAGCGAUGGAGUUCCACUCCGACAGAGACUCUGCAGAAGUCAUGAAGGCCAUCGAGCAAGGGGGUGCGCUAACGAGGGUCCUUGAGACGGCGAUCUUAGAGAUUCUUCCCACGAUCAUCGACAUGUUCAUUGCGUUUGUCUUUCUGUACCUUAAGUUUAACUCAGCCGUGGCCAUUUGCAUGCUCUUUGCCUCGCUCAUGUUUCUUUUACUCGAGGUUGUAACAUCCAGCUGGAACAUUGAUAACCGACGGCGCAUGAACAAGGCACAGAGACUGGAGGCUCGGGUCAUGCACCAGGCUGUGCAGGGCUGGCAGACGGUGUCGUUGUUCAGCAUGUUUGACCACGAGAGGUUUAAGUUCGGUUGUGCUGUGGACGGACACCUCGUGGCACAGAAGGACUGGUCAAGGCGGGAUGCCUACAUCAAAGCGCUCACAGAGGCGAUGAUGCCCACAACAUUUUUCAUACUUGCGUGCCUUGUCGGCCAUGAAGUCUAUGAGGGACGUGCCUCUCCGGGAGACUUCGUCUUCCUGAUUCAGUACUGGGAGUUCCUCGUCUGGCCCAUCAAGUUUCUCUCGCAUGAAUACCGAUACCUCAUGUCAGACCUCCUCGACGCAGAGCGGUUGCUGGACUUGCUCACGACCCAGCCCACCGUUGCGGACAGGGAGGGAGCUCCGGACCUUGGCCCAGUCGAGGGCACCGUCGAGUUCAAGGACGUCAAUUUCACUUAUGACUCUAAGCGAACUGCAAUUCGGGAUGUCACACUCUCCGCUGCGCCUGGAGAGACGAUCGCGCUAGUGGGCAGUACUGGGGCAGGUAAGUCAUCGCUCAUGAAGCUUCUGCUCCGCUUUUACGAUGUCAAUUCCGGCUGCAUCAAGAUCGACGACCGUGAUAUCCGCGAUGUAACUCAGAGAUCACUGCGAAACGUCAUCGGGGUGGUUCCCCAGGACCCUCUCCUGUUCAAUACCUCAAUCAUGGAAAAUCUCAGAUAUGCCAGACCUUCGGCCUCCGACGAAGAGGUUUACAACGCUUGCCGAGCGGCCGCCAUCCACGACAAUAUCCUCACUUUCUCGGACGGCUACGACACCCGGGUCGGAGAACAAGGUGUCAAGCUGUCAGGAGGUGAGCUGCAACGGUUGGCGAUUGCGAGAGUGUUCUUGAAAGAUCCGCCAAUCCUGAUCUUAGACGAAGCGACCAGCGCUGUGGAUACGGAGACAGAAUCUGAAAUUCAGGGCGCACUGAAGAAGCUAAGCAGGAAGAGAACCACCUUCGUAAUAGCCCAUCGCCUGUCCACUAUUGGCGGCGCGAACCAGAUACUCGUGCUGCAAGAGGGUACGAUAGUUGAGAGAGGGACUCAUCAUGAGCUGCUGGAAAAGGGAGGGAGAUACGCUACUCUGUGGCGAAACCAGUUCGUUGAUUUAAAGGAGGCAAAGCCGGGUGUCUGA